AUGUUACCUAUCUGUAGGAGGAUAAAUACCCCAGCGGUGCGCACCCUCUUUGCUUCCGGGUCUCUACACUGGCGCAAAAUGACCGUUUCUGUGAUCCAGGACCUGCUGGCGUCGCCCUCUGUGUCUCAACGCGACAAGGAUAUUCUGGCCAUUCCCGAAGCCCAGACCCACUGGCAGUCGUGGGCCGAUCUUCAGCACGUGAUCAGACACAAUGAGCUGCACCGGUUGUCGCGGUCGGCGUCGCAAUUGGCCGACUACAUUCUGUGGAAGCGCGAUAUCGAGUCCAAGUACUCGGGAGGAGUCAUGGAGUACAUUUUGGUGGACAAGUUGGGGUGGACUUCGAGCCUGGAGAAGCGGCCCGUGGCGUACAGCGAUGAGCUGUUUGGCGACCCACGUGACGUGCGGAUUCUGUUGAACGACUUUCCCUACGCCAUGGAGAAGGGUCUGGUCCACGUGGUGGUGUGGUCACGAGCCAAGAUCCCCAAGGAGGGCGACAACGGCGACAUCACCACCGAGUCUCGUGACAAGCUGGAGCGGUUUGUGCACGACACGUUUGUGCGGGGUCUGGGAAUGACGGGCGACUCUGUCUUAUGGUUCAAGAACUGGGCUGCUCUUCAGAGCAUUCCUUUGGUGGAGCAUUUUCAUGUUUUGUUGAGAAAUCCGGACAUGGACAAGUUGAGCAAGUUGACCCAGUAG